GCGGCUUGAAGUACGCUGCUUUUGAUACUUAUUCGCGUUUGUUUAUCUUAUGGUGUUUCGUCGUCUAUGGUUCGUCCCAUCACAGCAGACCACAUUACGAUGGUGUUGACUAAGGAAUAUCGGAUAUGCAUGCCGUUUACCACGGAGGAGUAUCAAAUCGGACAAUUGUAUAUGAUUGCGCGACACAGUCACGAGCAAUCUGAUUCUGAUGAAGGUGUCGAAGUUAUUGAGACAUCGCCCUGCGAACAUGCCACUCAUGGAACAGGUCAAUUUACGGAGAAGAGGAUUCAUCUUUCAAAUAAACUACCGUAUUGGAUCCAAUCAUUUGUACCGAAGAUAUUUUACAUUACUGAAAAAGCUUGGAACUACUAUCCUUUCACAAUUACAGUUUACACAUGUUCGUUCAUACCCACAUUUCACAUAUCUAUCAAUACCAGAUACGAAAACAACAAUGGCUCGAAUGAAAACUGUUUAGAUUUAACUCCUGUGGAACUUAUUCAUCGGGAAGUUGAUUUCAUUGACAUCGCGUAUGACGAAAUAGCUGCCAAACACUACAAAGAGGAGGAGGAUCCAAAAUACUUCAAAUCGAAAGUAACUGGACGAGGGCCUCUCGUCGAAGGAUGGAGAGAUGUUACGCAGCCUAUAAUGUGCUCGUAUAAAUUGGUCCAGGCCUCGUUCGACGUGUGGGGAAUGAGGACACGAGUCGAGGAGUUCAUUCACAGAUGCAUACGGGAUAUACUUUUACUUGGACAUCGACAAGCUUUCGCGUGGAUAGACGAUUGGUAUGGAAUGACACUGGAAGACGUACGGCAAUACGAGUCAAACAUGCAAUCCGAAACCAACAAGAAAGUCAAUGUCAAGCCUACCGAACCUAUGUCACCCACCGCAACUACUACACCUUCAACCUCUGUUCCGUCAUCGCCUAGCCAAGAAACCGCAAAGGAAGCAGCAAAUCGUUCAUGGUUCUCCUGGUCAUAGCCUGCAGGAAACCUCCUAGAAAAUGUGUCGAGAUUUGCAGCCAGCAAUCGCCACACCUCGAUUAUUUACGUUCUAAAAAUAACAAGUAUAUUACUGUAUUUAUUACUGACGAACCGAGAACCGUUCGAGUGUUCGUAUACAACACGCACUGCACAAUUUGAUAUUUGUAAAAAGUUCAAUUUUUUCCCCGUUAAAAGAUUGAUUAAUUUCCAAGUAUCCAAGCAAUCAAAAUAAUCUGUGAGAUAUAUACUUUCCACGUAAAUUGUCACGCAGAGUUUAUUGUAGUCAAAAUGUAGUGCAAUGUAUAGUUAGAAUAGCGAGGUGUUCAUUCUUUUAUGCAAUUGUACGGCCACGCGGAUGAAAUUUCGCUACCGGUAUUAAUACGAUUUUUGUGGCGUUGAUAUUGCGGGUAUUCCUUGUUCGUACUAGGAUUGAAUACAGCUUCAACAUAAUGUCGUUUCAUGUGGAUGUAAUUCACGAUAAGUAUUUUUGUCCUUUGCAGUGAAAAUAAGGCAAAUUGAUCGUUCCUUUUAAUUUAAUUUAAAAAUCAAAAGAU